UUGACGUAGCGUCGUACACCGUACCGCUAGCGCAGCUUCCGCCGGUGCCACAGCUGCCUAUUUGGCAUCAGUUUUUCUGGUAUUUUCUUAUUCUGUUAGUUUGUAAGUGAACGGUGUUUUCAACGUCGUGUCAGCAGAUUUAUUUCAAAGCAGCUGUCAAUAUGAUCUCCCUCACGGAUUCACAAAAAAUUGGAAUGGGGCUGACGGGCUUUGGGGUGUUUUUCCUCUUCUUUGGAAUGGUGCUGUUCUUCGAUAAAGCGCUCCUUGCUAUUGGCAACAUCCUGUUUGUCUCAGGCCUGUCGUUUGUCAUCGGCCUGGAGCGCACCUUCAGAUUCUUCUUCCAGAGACACAAAGUAAAAGCCACCAGUUUCUUCCUUGGUGGAGUCCUUGUGGUUCUGAUUGGCUGGCCCAUCAUCGGAGUUAUCCUAGAAAUUUACGGUUUCUUCCUUUUGUUUAGGGGCUUCUUCCCAGUGGCGGUCGGAUUUAUAAGACGGGUUCCUGUCCUCGGAUCUUUGCUCCGUUUACCAGGGAUUAGUGCACUGGUGGACAAAAUCGGUGAGAGCAACACGAUGGUAUAACUUGGAGCGGUUUCUGCUGCUAAGGACAGAUUUGGUUACUGAUCAACACUCCUGACAGUGACUGUGUUUGGGUCAGUGACACGUCACAAAUUCCCCGAAAAAGCCACAAAUGGAAGCUUGGAGGCUCCACUGACAUCCUGGGGAUUUUUCUGUCUGAAUGCCAUCAGACAGGAGAUGAUUGUUUAUGUUUUCUCUUUUGAUUUUUAAAAAAAAUCUUUUAUGUGUGAUAUUUAUGAACUGAAUUCCUGGGACCACUGGACCAAAUCAGAAGAUCAUGUUCUGUCGACAGCAUCGUCCUCUCCAGACUGAGAUCUGGACAGUGUUUUUUUUUUUUUUUACUGUAACUAAAAAAAUGAAUCAUUUAAAUACAUUUAAGAAAGCAUCUGAAUGAAACUUGACCUGUUUGUAAAAAACGUUUUGGAUAAGUUUAACAUACUUUUUUAAAGUGCAUAUGAGAAAAUGUGUUUUUUUUUAAAAAUCAAAUACUCUGAUAUUUUUUGCUUUUCCAGUGAAUUGAUCUCUUGAUUCUGACAGAAGGAAGUUUUCAAAAUAAGGAGCAAAAUCCUCCACGGCUGCACUGAUGUGCAACACCUAAAGUUACACCGAUGCCUUUAUGGUUGUAAUGUUACAAUGGAUGUGCGUAAAUAUGUCUUUUCAAAUUUGUACUUAAUGUUUCUAGUGGCUAAAACAAAAAAAAGUAUUUGUUACAUUUUCAAAAAGACUAUUACAGGUAAAUCUUUUCUAUUGUUGACCUUUGAAAAAAAGUUUAGGUUUCAAAGUCUGUUUUGUGUCAGUUAUAACAUGUCUUUCAUAGUUGGCGUUGAGUUGGGUUUAAAAAAACUGCCAACGCAGACGGCGAUGUUACAGGAGACUCACCAUGACUUUUGUUCUUUUUUUUUUAGCUAUAUAUCUUGCUACAAUGUUAUAUAUUUACAAUAAACAUGGACUAAAGAACCAACAA